AUGAUUUUCCUUCUCGUUGGUUUCUUGUUCCCAUUGAACUCCUAUUGUGCUCGUCAGAUAAACAUCUAUAACAGAUGUCCAUUUCCAGUAUGGCCAGGAAUUGCUGGUCCGGGAAAUCCAGCAGGUGGCGGCUUUCGAUUGGAAAACGAGCAGAAUCGGAAGAUAAACGUAGUUGAUGACUGGCAAGGAAUCAUUUGGGGAAGAACAUUCUGCGAUAAUCGAAUGAGAUGUGCCACUGGAGGUUGUGCUAAUCGUGAACAGUGCAAUGGAACAUUGGGUCGUGCCCCGUUCACUGCUGCAGAAUUUAGUUUAAAUGAAGCCAACGAUGAAGAUGUAUAUUCGGUGUCACUUAUUAAUGGAUACAAUAUUCCGAUUCUUAUUGAACCAUUUGGUGGACGAGGUUGUCUACGUGCUGGUGGCUGCAUCUCCGAUAUCAACGAAAUCUGUCCGGUACUAAUGAGAGUUCGAACUCAAAGAAGAGGAGUCAACAACAAUGUCGUCGGAUGCAGAUCUCCCUGUGAUGCCCUCCGAUCCGAUCGAGAAUGUUGUACUGGAAACUUCGCAACUCCAGAUGUUUGUUUCAGAAGUCACGUGGCACAAACAUUCAAAGACGCCUGUCCGACUGCUUUCUCUUAUCGUUUCGACGAUGCGACGUCUUCUUUUUCUUGUCAAACCAAUGCAGAGUACUUGGUUCAGUUUUGUUGA